AUGAAGGAGGUUAACAAUGGUUGCGAGCUCAAACCUUCCCAAGUUGUCCACCAACCUAGAGUUGAUACUGGUGGGGAUGAUCUUAGGACUUUCUACACUCUGGUCAUGGUGGAUCCUGAUGCACCUAGCCCAAGUGACCCCAACCUAAAGGAAUAUUUGCAUUGGCUGGUUACGGAUAUUCCAGCAACAACUGCGGCAAGCUUUGGGCAAGAGAUUGUGUGUUAUGAAAGCCCACGGCCAACGGUGGGGAUUCAUCGCUUUGUUUUGGUGUUGUUUCGGCAAUUGGGUAGGCAAACAGUGUAUGCUCCGGGAUGGCGCCAGAACUUUAAUACAAGAGACUUUGCGGAGCUUUACAAUCUUGGAUUACCGGUAGCUGCCGUCUAUUUUAAUUGUCAAAGAGAAAGCGGCUCCGGAGGAAGGAGAAGAUAAUUAAGUUUGAUAUUAUUAAGCGUGUGAUACGUGUAAUAUUAUUAAAGAAGCUAGUUAAUCUAUAUGUAAUGUGGAAACUAAUAAUAAUAAUAAUUUAGCUAGCUAGUGGUAAUCAAUCUCCUACUAGCUAGCUAGUACAUGCCAUGGCACUAAGGCACUAGGCCACUAGGCCACUAGGGCACCAGGGCACCAGGGCACAGCAUGUUGUAUGCUUGUUUGAGACUACAUCUUCGUACGAACUCCACUUUCCAAUUAACAAGACCAGCUAUAUAUAAUUAAGUAAAUGUCAAAGUUCUCUUCUUCGGUUCGGUCUAA